GAUCGCGGGCAGCGGCGCCCGGGGCGGCGCGGGAGCCUCCGCCGACCAUGCUCAACGGCGAUGCCAGCGCCUCGGCGGCCAGGAGCGUCGUGCGCAGCUCCAGCAUCAGCGGCGAGAUGUACAACCUGGAGCAGAGCGCCCGGGGCAGCGCCGACUCCGUCAGCAUCUCCUCCGUCAAGAAGAGGCGCUCCAGCCUCGGCGCCAAGAUGGUGGCGAUCGUGGGGCUCUCGCAGUGGAGCAGGAGCACUCUGCAGCUCAACCAGCCCGAGGGGGGUCCCAAAAAGCUGCGCAGCAACAUCCGGCGGAGCACGGAGACCGGCAUCGCCGUGGAGAUGAGGAGCCGGGUGACGCGGCAGGGCAGCCGCGAGUCCACCGACGGCAGCACCAACAGCAACAGCUCCGACGGCAUGUUCAUCUUCCCCACCACGCGCCUGGGAGCCGAGAGCCAGUUCAGCGACUUCCUCGACGGGCUGGGGCCGGCGCAGGUCGUGGGGCGGCAGACGCUGGCCACCCCGCCGAUGGGCGACGUCCACGUGGGCAUGGCUGACCGCAACGGGCAGCUGGAGGUGGAGGUGAUUCAGGCGAGGGGGCUCAUCCCGAAGCUGGGCUCCAAGUCCGUCCCGGCCACCUAUGUGAAAGUGUAUUUGCUGGAGAAUGGAGUCUGCCUGGCCAAAAAGAAGACCAAGGUGGUGAAGAAAACCUGUGACCCGCUGUACCAGCAGGCUCUGCUCUUCGAGGAGACCCCCCAGGGCAAAGUCCUGCAGGUGAUCGUGUGGGGUGAUUACGGCCGCAUGGACCACAAGUGCUUCAUGGGGAUGGCCCAGAUCGUCUUGGAGGAGCUCGAUCUCUCCAGCGUGGUCACAGGCUGGUAUAAACUCUUCCCCACGUCCUCGCUGGCGGACUCCAGCAUCGGACCGCUGACGCGCCGCCUCUCCCAGUCCUCCCUGGAGAGCUCCACGAGUCCCUCUUGCCCGUAGGCGGCAGGUUGGUGGGAGAGGCCGGGAGGGGAAAGGAGACAUCCAAACCUACCGAAACUGUUAGUGGAUAGCUGUAAAUAUCCAGCCCUUUUUUCCCCCUCCUUCCCCUCCCCUUUUUUUUUAAAUCUCCUUCCCGAAACCAACCUGCUCUCGACACGUCCCCCCGAGCGAGCGUCCCGGCGCGGAGGGGGGCGGUGGGAGAGGCAGCAAGGGCUGCGCGUUGCGGGGCGGAGGGCAGGGGAGGAGAAGCGGAGAGAGACUCGUGACACAGAACAAGCGACGCGAUCAACUGCCGACCCAUCCCGAGACUGUUAGAGCCCCUCGUCCCGUCACCCCGUCGGAAAAGAGCCGGAACGACGCGACGCUCUUCUCUCCCGACCGCCCGGCGGGAGCAUCGCGGUCUGAGUCAUUCAGCACCACUGCAAGGAGCAUGUCAGCGAGAUUUCUUUUCCUUCCAUUUCGUUUCCUUGCCUCUGAGGAAAAGGUAGCUUUCUAAGGAAAAAAAACUCAGAAAAAAAAAUCCAACUCAGCACUAUUUUUUUUAAAGGAAUGUAGCAUCUUCUCUUAUGUAGCUUGCCACGUGCUAACUCGACACCCUCACUGCAAUAUCUCCGAGACUCCGUAUUCACAGGAAACAUCUGCCCGUCACUUCCUGUUCGUUGGUUUUCUGGCACAAAUCCUGCGACACUGAGCAAGCAGUUCUGGUGACCAUUUUUCCUUCUUUUUUUAGUAGCAUGUAGCCUGUGACAAGUGACAUUGCCAAAGUGAGAGAGAGCAGAAAAAGGUGCACUUCAGCUACCCCAGGCUCAGCCUGGUCCCACCUUCGCGCUCCACCGCUGACAGUGGUCUUGUACGGCCCAGUCGAGACCCGACCAGACUGUGAAGCCUCGUGUAAAAACUCAAGUCAGGAAAAGGUGACACAGCGGAGCAGCCGUACUGUGACGAUGGUUGACCGUCUGCCUUCCAGUCCCUUCCUGCCUCGAUCGUCCUUGCGGGAGGUCUGAAAUGCUCUGCUCUCAGGACUUGAAUCUCAAGGAGGAAACAGGGUUUUGCCCGACAGAGCAGCAGUCCGCACCUUUCUCUAACUCUCGACUUGUUGGUAUGCUACAGGGGAACAUCUCAAGAGCAUCUUCUGCUGAUCUGGAAUUAGGGUGACUGAGGUAGAUUACAAAGGACUAGAUGCUUUGAAUUUCUUACCAGGAUGAGUGUUUUGGUUUUUUUGUUUGUAUGUUUUGUUUGUUUGUUUUUAAAGCAGCAUUCUGGUUCCCCAAAGGGACCAGUUCUUGUAGCAAAACCGAGAAUUGCGGAAGCUUUUUUUGAAGGUGCCUAAUGAAAUUUGCUGAAAAUACUCAGGGGAGACACCACUAGAAACUCUGGUUUCUUCAUAAAAUAUAAUUAACACAAUGACUGUCCUGAAGGAUCAGUUUCCAAAAGAGAAAUAAAAAAACACACCAAAAGACGAGCAGUCAUGAGACUGGAAGAGGACAAAAGGUUAAUGGGGAAUUUUUACCUACCAGAUGGCUCUGACCUUCAGUCUUUAAUACAAACCAACCAACAGCACAGUUGGGAUUUUUUAAAAAUGUUUAUUGGCAAAGAAGAGAAUUUCACAAUGCACAGAGCACAAAAAAACACCCUGUGGUUCUGCUGGUGAUACCAGGAAUGAUGAACCAGCUAGAACCUAUUGCCACAAAAACAAACCUGAAGGAAGAGACUGCUGAAACGAAGCCGUCCCCUCCACAGAAAGCAAGCUGGUGGUCCAGCAACAUUCUGCUGCUCGGUGGCUGUUUCACCUGACGCCACCACCAUGACCGCUCUGAUUUUACCAACAUCGUGUCAAGGAAUUUCAGCUGCUAUCACGUACUUUGGAUCUUCACCAAAUCAAAAUCACUGCAGGCCUCUGAGAAGAGAGCAGACUGGACGCUGCUGACCACGGAUGGAGAGGGGCCUGCUCUGAGGCCUCAGUGCCCAUCUCGUAAAGCGUUAGCCCCUUGUCGGCUUGAGCGGCGAGCGCUUGCUCAAGCGAUAUGCUCUGAUUUGCAAGCUCACGCUGAAUAGCAACUGACAGGACCAUGAGAUGGACUAACACAGUCUCACAUGGGUUGUUUGAGGAAGCAAACUCAGUGCCCCGACUACUGAAACAGGAAUAAAAACUGCUUUGAACAAAGGUCCUUCCAGAGCAUGAUGUGGUCAUAUGAGGUCAGUGAAGCCCGAACUACGCUUCUCUGCCCCAGCAUGCUGGAUUUUUGAAUAUAUGUGAGGGAAGGCAUCUUGAGAGAAAAAGUUUUUUGCUCCUUUGAACUAACAUCAUUUGCUUUUGCUUUAGCCACGCAACUUCAACAGAAAGAAGAAAAAUCUGCCUUUCCCUCCGUGGUGGAACAAUAACCAUGUCCAAGGGAAAACGGAACAGCAGUACGGGCAAAGCACAGGAGCUAUGCAGGUAUUUUCUGUACAAGGUUUGGACACAAGUGUCCUACCCCCUUCCCUUUCCACCGCAGAGCUUGCUGGCUCUAAAUUUCACCACUGAGCUUCAUAGCUUUAUUUCUGCCCCCUCUUGCAAGCAACAUAACACUUUGCUUGAGAUACAGCGCAGAAGCUCAUAAAGACCAACAGAAACACGGAGACAGCUGGGUACGUACGUGCCCCCACAGCACAGGAGCCUACGGUCCGGAAAAAGGCUCACUGGUUCUGCGCUAGCUGGAAAAACCUGCCCUCGCGGUCACGUGGAAAAUCCAGCGCCCAGACAAAAGAACUACAUCUGAAAGGCUUUCCCUGAUACUCCAGGGAAAACAGAAAACCCAAGUAUGUUGGCUUUUUUUAAUCAUCAAUAAACUGAUAACGCAUCAGAAGAUAACAGUGUAACUAAGGUCAGAACAAAACUGCACCCCGAUUCUCUGACAAUUUGUCCGCUUUGCUGCAAUGCAGUACAGCGAAAGAAAGCAUACGGGUUCACGGGAAUGAUUCUCCCUGCUUAUCGAGACAGACCGGCAAGGUGAAGCCACCAUGUCGAGGACUACAAAUGAUUGUCCCUUAUUCACUAGACAAACUGAAAUCUGUCAAAACUUUAACUUCUUCACUUCAAUGCUACGUGUCCAGUCCUCCCAGGGAGCCAGCGCUCACUUCUGUGGGGAAGCAGCUGGGCCUGGACCCACCUGACGCUUCUGUCUGGGAAAACUAAGAAAUGGCUAAAGACCGAAGUGCGUCAUGUUUACAUUGUGACUUCAGCUCCUUCUCGUUUUCGAAAUGCAUGAUACCACGCAUCAGACGUUUCCCUGCCUCAAACAAGGAAAGAGCAAAAGCCAAGACACCCAAUUGCUUUCGACAUACCAGAAAAACCACAGCUUCUGGACUCAAGGUUUUUUCUGGGGGAAUGUUUUAUUGCAAAGGGCACUUUUUAUGUACUCUAUGAUUUGCAGAAGUGGCUGCACUAACUAGGCAUUACGCAUUAGAUUGUUUCUUCUCUUUCCUCCUCCUUGAAUCCUUUCCAUCAGGAAAGUAAAUUCAGACCCGUUCCACUUUCCAGACAUUCUCCCCAGAAAGAAUUAUUAAUAUUAAACUGAAACAGCUUUGCAGUCCAUUUUAUAUCUAAUACCAAGGCCCAACAGGGAGUGUGCAGCAAGUAAUAUGAAGCACCUGCUUGAGACAUAAAAUAGCUUACGACAGCAGAGGGGCACGACUGACAGAGCAGCUUAUGCUAGUGUCAGAAUCGAGGCACCAGAAAUGAGUCACGGGGGUGGAUUUUGUCAAAAUUGCCCUGAAAUAAGAUUUAAAAGUCCCCUAAACUGCAAGCAAAAAGCCAGUCACGGCCAUACAAGAAAGCACAGAAAACACCACAUGAUUUCCAGGCACAGUCCUAAAUUAUCCCUGGGUUUUCUGCAAGCCAGAGAGGGCCUUUCUUUGCCAAAUUUUGAGUGACUGAAAUUUUCUAGGGCACCAGAAGCUGGCCCAGGCUUCUGGGCUCAACUGGAAAUUAACUCCCAUUUCAUCAGCUUCAUAGCACAUUGAAAGCAUGGGGAGAAGAUGCUUAGACAUAGUUGUUUCCAUGCUGCGAUUGAUUUAUGAAAAACAUAGUGACUAGCAGUGAGAUUACUGAACCCGUUACACGGUGCUGGAAAACGCCACAGAGCAUUGCCUCCGUGGCCACCUUUUCUGCAUCUUAACCCUUUUCUCUGGAAGAAGUUACAGACGUAGCACUCGAAGCAAGAGUGCUUUGAUUGCACAUGUUAGACCAGAAAUUCUUAAAGGAGUGGAACAGGAUCAUCUUUGCUGAUAGGCAAUUGUUUCUAUCCAACGUCUUACAAGACUGUUCUCAGCAGCAAAUAGACUUGAGAAGUCAAGCAUAUACUCAUAUAUGUUUGUACACCUCAGCGAGAGCGAGGAAUUCUAACACGUUUAUAUACCUUUGCCUGUUUAAGCAGGCUUUGAAAUACUCCACAGCAGCAUACAAUCAGAGGGUCUUGGUCUUCACUGAUACAAGGCCAUUUAUAAAAACAGCACUGGUGAUUUUUUUCAGGCAUAAACAGUCCGCCUUCUAUUUACUUCCAGUUGACUCAGACACUUCUUUGCAGACUGGUGACGUGAAAUACUUGGACAAUACACAUCUGUAAGCUUCCUUAAGGGUGUGCAUUUUGUUACUGAUUUGCAAAAUAACUGCAUUUUAAAGGUCAAGGAACAGUGUUCAGCCACCGUUCUUCUUGAUUGUUGAAUUCUAAGUCUAAAUGUGUUUUGCAUCACAGAUGGAAGAAGACAUUAAGAAAUUGCUCUGCUUUCCUGUAGCUUUUCAUGUCUCUAGAGGCAGAUGUGCAAAAUUACCGUUAGCUUUAAGUAAAAGCAAGGUUUGCAUCCUGUAAUAUGCCAAAGGCAUGGUGGCCUAUUCCAAUGUUUCUCUAGCAAAGCUGUUUCAACUGGAAGUCUUUCUUCUAUUUCAUGUUCACAAAGCAUAGGAAACUCCCUCAACCCUUAACCGGUUGUUAAAGGUGCAAGCUUAUGUGCUAAAAAGGAGGAUGAAAGGCUGCAGGAAAGACUUCCUAACGAAAAAGAACCAUCUGCAAAAAAGCAGGUUUUGGAAUUGGUGGGGUAAAGAUGUGCCAUGUGUAACACAAAUGAAGUUAUACAGAAGAAACCAAGUGACUAGAUGUGACAAUAACGCUUCGUCUAGUCAGUCACAUUAGCUGAGCUAGCCUAUAUUUUGGGAAGCCUUAGGCUUUAAGAGCAGACCUGGAAAAACAUACAGUAAAGGGCCUAAAUAUUUGUCUUGCUGCUUGAAUAACUGUCACACUGUUUUAACUGCCGAUCAUUUGCCUAGGGCACAGACACCAGAACCGAGCCUAGCCGCAUCUAGGACUCUGGGAGAAGGCAGCGCAGUUUGGCAACUGCCACUAAGACCAAGAGCUGGUGUGACCACUGUGCCUGUCUGGAGUGCCAAUUAUUGGUAUACGUAUAUAUAUAUAUAUUUUUAAGAGCCAGAGCUUAGUGCGCUCUAUCACAUUCAGGUUAUUUUUAUUUUUGUUGUAACUGUGCAAUGAAGAGCAAUUAUGCAGGGUGUGCGUUUACCACCUGCUCCCAUGCUGGCUCCAAGUCUAGCCUCUGCUUUGUUUAUCACUUGCACUAGCUAUUGAUUGCUGAACGAAAGGGUAAGAGAAGCGAGAAGCAGGAGAGCUUUCCUGGAGGGAGGGAUGACUCAGCUGGACCAUCAGCAUCCCUGCCUUUCAUCUCUCCUGUUAAAAAGCAUAGAGAUAAACAACUCGCCAAAAGGCCACCCCUUAGCUUGACACAGAAGGGUGUUUUUCUUUCUCUUUUUAAAUAAAGUCCUGCUCCCCUAACAAUCCUCCCUUCUCGCAAAGGGCCAGCAAUGAGGUGAAUGUCUCAGACAUGAAAAGCUGAGGACAGCACUGUUGCUGUUGGAAGGGGUAGGAGGUGCGUAUUAGGACUUAAAUUCUCACUAAAGGUUUAUGCCUUUAGUGCAGAUUAGAGGCCUCAGAAGUAUAGGAAAAGGGUGUCACUCCCAUGGGAAGAAAGGCGUUGUAUGUUGAUCUGACUUCCUAAAGGGAUCCGUGUCUGUAUAUAUCUGCUAGAUCCCAGUACUUCGCUUCGAGGUUCUCGCUGUAAGUGUUAGGACAAUGUUUAAUGUCAGGGAGGGCCCCUGGCUGUGGCAGCGCUCCCCUCCUCUGUACGCAAGCGGCCAGGCAGCCUGGCAGUGAACGCCUCUCGAAUGUUAGCACUUUGAAGUUGGUGGCCUUGUUUUCUUAAAAGGGCUUGAUCUUUUCAUGCAGUUAAAUAAUCUUCCCCAUCAUCUUGUCCUACUCCCCACCUCAAAAUUUAACUAGGAACAAGCAUCUGGACCAUUUAAAAUGUUGUCCAGCACUCAAGAAUCUGUCAUUAAUCUCAAGUUUAUACCUUGACUAUAAAAAACAAGCAAGCAUACACAUUUAGCUUGGGAACAACAUUUAGUGGAGUAGCAGCUCUAAGUCUGAAUUAAAUCUUGUCUUGAUCACUAACAGAAAAGAGCACCAGGAAAACAAACCAAACCAUAAGUGCACACACAGAAAGCUUUUUCAAAAAAACUUAAACAGAAUGGUUCAUCCUAAACUCAAGAUGUAUGUGAGGUGUCUUACCUAUACCUUAAACACCUUUAAACAUAGCCUACACCCUUCAAACUAUGUUAGCCCCCCAAAAAGGAGAAUGGUUAGUAGUAUGUACAGGCCAAGGAGACUUACACAGGGAGGUCCAAGAGCAGAAAAGGUACAAGGCAGUGAGAACUGCCAUGGCAGUGAAACAGCUCCGCAGCGAGCUGAUCAGUUCUAACCACAGCCUUUCUUCUACAGGUAGCUGCUUCAGACAGCUGCCUAAGACUGUCUUGACAGGGGUGCAGCACAUGAAAGCAACGCAACCUUGUAAGUAUAAGGAGGUCUGUGCAGCUUCACAUCAAUACUUUUAAAGUACCUAACAAGUAGCAUUGAAAGAGAAACCUCUUUAAAGAAUCACCUGAACUGAGAGUCAGAUUUUCAGAACUCCAUUAGCCAUAAAUUAACCACUGCUGCAAGUUCAGCUUUAAGUCUCAAAAAAGUAACAAGCAUCUCACCACUUAAUGGCAAACAUCAACCUGAUGUCUGUGUACAUCCAUUACCUAAGAAGAAAAGAACAGUUAGAACUUGUAAAGAACUGACACAUCUACACUGGGUAGCUUUUUACUUCUGGAAGUGAAGAUAUAACUAAAUUAUUGAACAAAAUUGGCUGCCUUCAGUAGUCUGCUCAUUUUAUAUCUUGUAAUAAACUUCCCUUUGAUGACAGAUUCAUAAAUUUAACAACUCCACCUUAAAAUAAAUGCCACAGAGGGGUGAACUCAGAAGUUCUUUAAACCCCAGUUCCAUUGUUCAAGAUAAGGGGAUGGGCUUGUGAUGGAUACUUGAGAAUGGUAAUAGAUUUUAAAAAGCAAAUGGCAAUUUUAUACCUGUCUUAUGUAAUGUUUUAUAUGUGUGUGGUCUUUCUUAAUGUAAAACUCUUGUAUUUUUGUGGUUUAUAUGCAGCAGGACUGAUGGCUGUGAAGGUGCACGCUAUUUUGUAAAAUAUUCUUAGCCAGUUUUCCCAAGGAAGGGAAAAAAGUAUUCACAUUUCCAUUGGCUUGUACCUGCAUGUACAGUACUGGGGCAGCAAGUGAAGAUGAUUAAAGCCAGCUUGAAAACUUU